AUGAAGACGCCGACGCUGACAGAGGCAGCUAACAUGAUCCCAGGGUCUACCAUGGCGGACACCUGCUAUCUGACAUCUACAGUGAUAUAUGGGAACCGAACGACAUCAUCCGCACCAGCUUCCAGCACUCUGAGCACCACUAGCACAGUCCAGUCGACCGUGUCUGUGUCUGUGUCCAGCGAGUCUUUGAGCACGCAAACCUCGUCGUCGAGCCUGGGUAGUAUCACGCAGGACUCGUCAACCACGGCAUCGAAUCCAAGCCUGACAGCAACAGCAACAACUACAACGUCGGCUCUUCCAACCUCCAGUCCGUUCAUCAUCCAAAUCACCGGGUUUGGCAACAAGCUACACAAGCGCGCAACCGUCUAUCUCACCUGGGUGGAGGGCGAAGCAUUUCUGUAUCCCGACAAGAACGAAGCGGCUGUCUUCCUCAUCACAUCAGAUGGACAACUCAGAAGUGAAGGGACAUAUACGGGCGUCGAGAACUAUGCAGGAGCAAUGCCGCUUCUACAAGUCGAUUCCGCGCCACCGCCCGGCUAUACAUGGUCGUCUGAUGGCACGACGUUGAGGUUCGGGAACACCACUUUCGUCGCCACCUCUGACGGCCUGCUCUAUGUUGUGUUCGGCGACAGUCCGCCUCCUGAUGGCGCGUUGCAGGUGACCAUGGCGCCGGACUUUGUUGAUGCUGAUGCUCCCAGUAUAAGUACAAGUACAACUUCGACAUUUGGGAUGGCUUCGAGCACGACGAGUCUGGGCAUGAGUUCUACGGAGGGAAGGUCUACCACGGCUACGACAACGAAUUUAUCAACGUCAACCUUGACUACUCCCGGAACCGCACAGACUGGAGAAAGCUCAGCUGAUAGCCCAACAGGCGCAGCGCCGAGCUCGACUUCAGCCAUGACGACGACGACGACGACGUCUGCGUUGCCAUCGACAUCUCCUAAACAUGCAACAUCGUCCAGUCUCUCGGGAACCCUUCCGCACAGCACGACGACUCAAGUGUCUCAUACCUCCACGACGUCUGUAUCGUCGACUAUCGCUUCGUCUAGUGUUCCAUCAUCUGUCUCAGAUUCAACCACCUCCAGUCAGAGCGGCGCGACAUCCAGCAGUGCUUCAUUGACCUCUUCUGCUCAGAGUACCGGUACCAGUGUCGGUGCGACUUCGACCUCGUCCACAGCGGCAGCGGCAUCAAGUACGACAACAACCGGCCGGACAAGUCCCUCCUCGUCAGGGACUGGUGCUUCUUCGUCCAGCCCGACCUCGGUGCUGUCCACUACAUCAACCAGCAUAUCUGGCACUGCUGCAAUGACGAGUACUUCCCAGUCAGCAUCUACAGUGUCAAGCGGGCCAUCGACUUCUAGCAGUUUUCGUGCUUCAUUGUCGUCGUCGUCGUCGUCCUUCUCCACCACCGCCCAAACAACCACAACCACAACCACACUUCACCCGCCCUCUUCUUCAUCUUCCUCCUCCUCUAUUACCGUUUCUUCAGCAUCUUCGACCGGAUCUAGCAGCAACACAGUGACAAUCUCUUCUGGCACUAGCACUGCAACGACAACUGCGAACAGCGGCACGUCUAAAUCUACAUCCACUUCCACAUCGUCAAGAUCAGGGACCCGUACUAGCACCAGCACCAGCACAUCGUCUACUUCCUUCUCUUCCUCUUCCUUCUCUUCCUCUUCCUUCUAUUCCUCUUCCUUCUCUUCCUCUUCCUUCUCUUCCUCUUCCUUCUCCUCCUCCUCCUCCUCCACACCUACAAACUACCCAGCAAAACGCGGGCUAGCAUACACCAACGUCACGACUCUAACCUACUACCCCCCUCCAGCACGCUACAUAAGCUGGUCCUACAACUACUACUCGCUGCCCAACGCGUCCGACAACGUCGGCAACUACCCCACCGCCCAAUUCCGCUUCAUCCCGCUCCUCUACAACGACGCGUCGUCCCUGACGUCGAUCUGGGCAGCCAACGUCAACGCCUCGAUCCAGACCUACCACACCGACGCCAUCUUCGGCUUCAACGAGCCCGACGCAUGCUACUCGGGCCAGUCGGCGUGCAUGUCCCUCGCGCGCACCCUGCAGGGCUACAUCGACCACAUGCAACCGUUCUCCGGUCAAGGCGUGCUGAUUGGCGCGCCCGCCGUCACCAACUCGGGCACGUCGGGCCUGUCGUACCUCGCGCAGUUUCUGGGCAAUGCCACGCAGCUGGGCCUUACCGUCGAUUUCAUCAAUCUGCACUGGUACGCGAGUCCGUACAAUAUCCAGUAUUUCAUGGAUUAUCUCACCCAGGCGUAUACCCAGACCGGUGCGUCGCGGUAUCCUGUCUGGGUCACGGAGUUUGGUAUGGACCGGGCUGAUUAUCCGAGUCGCGAUGUCGUCGCGUUCAUGAAGAACGCUACGGCCUGGAUGGAUGGGCAGCCUUGGGUCCAGAGGUAUGCUUGGUUUGGCAAUUUCGCGAAUGCCAAUGGUGGGACCGAGUUCUUGUUGAAUGCGGAUGGGAGUGGGAGGGGCGUCUUGGGCGAUGUAUGGUAUUCUUACAAUGGGACGGGAUGA